AUAGGUGCGACCUGGGUACACUGAGCAUAUAAGUAUCAAAGAUCACAACUGUGUAGCUGAGGUAGCAGUAACAACAGAAUUUAACAUCUAACGCAGAACGUUACAGCAUAAUGGGGAUAUGUGAAGGAUUCGCUAGACUGAUCUUUGUGGCAUUCAACGUCAUCUUUGUGCUGUUUGGUAUUGGAGUCCUUGCAGCUGGAAUAUGGGUGAAAGCCGACCCGCAGUUGAUGAAUGUCCAAAAGUUGAUCGAGCUGGAUGCUAGUGACAAGUUCCUGUCUACAGCCGGAUGGAUUCUUAUUAUAUUCGGGGUGUUGGUGUUGAUCAUAGGAGUAUUCGGCUGUGUCGGAGGGAUCAAGAAAAACAAAUGCUUCCUCGGCUUUUAUAUCGCACUUGUUACAGUCAUUUUCAUUGGUGAGCUCACAGGAGGAAUUAUGGCAGCAGUCUUCAAGGGAAAGAUUUCUUCGGAGCUCAAAGAUGCGCUAAGUGGAACGUUGAAGAACUACAAACCAAGUCAAGGGAACGACAUUGUUACCAAGACAUGGGACGAAGUACAGAAACUGUUUUCCUGUUGUGGUAUAAACAACUACAUGGAUUAUGAGACGAACAACGUAACAUUUCCUGGGACGCAGCUUGUGCCUAACACGUGUUGUAACCCAGCAAUAAACGAUACCAUCUGCCAAGAAGAGGCUCUACAAAAGCCAGGGACAAAGGGUGCUGUGUACAAAUCCUUGUAUAACCAGGGGUGCUAUCCAAAGUUUAACGACUUGUUGUCCAGCCAUCUUACAUUAAUAAUAGGCCUUGCCAUCGCUAUCGCAAUGUUUCCGUUGUUUGGAAUAUGUUUGGCCUGCGUUACGUGUAAAGACGGGUCUGUGGAAGACCACAUGGCAUAACAACAGCAGCUGAAAAAG